UCUUCCGUCUCUGUAUGGUUGCACAAGCAGCAAACUGAGCAGUCAACAUGGCAGCACUUUUCAAAGCUAGAAAAGCCCUUGGCCUGUAUGUCAGUGGCUGUAGAUCUCUGUCCUCGCUAGCUGAGCUACCAGAGAUGCAUCAGAUGAUGAGACAGACCUGUAGAGACUAUGCAGACAGAGAGCUGGCUCCUAUAGCUGGCAAACUAGACAAGGAACACCUCUUUCCUGCCCAACAGGUCCGAGAGCUGGGUGCUAUGGGGGUGAUGGCUGUGGAGGUUCCUGAGGAGCUGGGAGGAGCAGGUAUGGACUACCUGGCCUACGCUCUGGCCGUGGAGGAGAUCAGUAGGGGAUGCGGCAGCACUGGAUGUGUGGUCUCGGUCAACAACUCUUUGUACAUAGGGCCGAUAUUGAAGUUUGGAACACAGGAGCAGAAGGACCAGUGGAUCACUCCUUUCACAACCGGAGAGAAAGUCGGCUGCUUCGCUCUGAGUGAACCAGGUAAUGGUAGUGAUGCAGGGGCAGCGUCUACGUUAGCCAGACAGGAGGGAGAGGAGUGGGUACUGAACGGGACUAAAGCCUGGAUCACCAACAGCUGGGAUGCCUCAGCUACUGUCGUAUUCGCUACCACUGACAAGUCACUCAAACACAAGGGUAUCAGUGCAUUCCUGGUGCCCAUGCCUCACCCUGGCCUUUCCCUGGGGAAGAAGGAGGACAAACUGGGCAUCAGAGCAACCUCCACGGCCAACCUCAUCCUUGAGGACUGUAGGAUACCUCUGGGAAACAUGCUGGGGCCACGAGGGUCUGGCUUCAAGAUAGCCAUGCAAACCCUGGACAGUGGGCGUAUAGGGAUAGCAUCCCAGGCUCUGGGUAUUGCUCAGGCUGCUCUAGACUGUGCUGCGGACUACGCUCUCAAACGCACCGCCUUCGGAGCUCCCAUUGGCAAGCUGCAGGCCGUACAGUUCAAGCUGGCGGACAUGGCUGUAGCUGUUGAAAGCGCUCGUCUCCUCACUUGGAAGGCUGCAAUGCUAAAAGACGGCAAGAAACCCUUCUCCAAGGAAGCAGCGAUGGCCAAACUAUCAGCGUCUGAGGCGGCUACCUUCUGCGGCCACCAGUCGAUCCAGGUUCUUGGGGGAAUGGGUUACGUGACAGACAUGCCAGCGGAGAGGCACUACCGCGACGCGCGAAUCACUGAGAUCUACGAGGGCACCAGUGAGAUCCAGAGACUGGUGAUAGCCGGCCAGCUGCUGAAGGAGUAUGUGUCAUAGAGACUUGCGGACUGCUCCCCAAAUGGCAGUCUAUUCCCUACAUAGUGCACUAUUUCUGGACCCCAAUGGCCAAAAGUGGUGCACUAUAUAGGGAAUAGGGUGCAAUUUCAGAUUGGCCCAUAACAGCCUCUACACCCAGGACUGCGUUCAGGACUGCAGUGUUCAACAGUGUUGAACAGUGUCAUCAGCGGCAGUCAGCUACUGAACUGAAGGAAUGUCAAACAUGGAGACAGACUCGCACAGCUCUGGGUAGAAGUUACCCUUGACCACAGAUCUAGGAUCAGAUUGCCAAACUAAUGCCCAAAUCCUAACCUCAAUUGUUAUGGAGAGAAUAUUUGUCCCUGGACCAGUGGAUAGAGGCACCUUGUACCUACCACUCCAAAGGGAGAAGACCAGGCCUGCGUUCAGGACUGCAGUGUUCAGCAAUGUUGUGAAACACUGCAACAUGCAUCCCACCUCCAUUGAAUCCUGUAUUACUUCAACUUUGUAACGAUUGCAAAACAAUCCAAGACUGUUUCUGGUUUGAAGCCAUUUGUAACUGUUGAUAUCAACAUGGCGAUAUAUAUCAUCCUUUCUGCCUUAGAACUUCUUAAUAUUAUCUGCUUUAAACUGAUGGUAUCUGGUAAUAUAAUAUAAGCUAGCAGACUCGCAUUCUCA